AUGGCUGGGAAUUUUUGGCAAAGUUCACAUUAUCAACAAUGGAUAUUGGAUAAACAAGAUCUAGUCAGAGAGCGUCAGUUAGAUUUACAAAUCUUAAGUGAAGAGGAAUAUCAAAAAAUAGGAAUAUUCUUUUCAAAUUUUAUCCAAAUUUUAGGUGAACAACUGAAACUUAAACAGCAAGUGAUAGCUACGGCUACAGUUUAUUUUAAAAGAUUUUAUGCUAGAAAUUCUCUCAAAUGUAUCGAUCCUUUGUUAUUGUCUCCAACAUGUGUUUUCUUAGCAUCAAAAGUUGAAGAAUUUGGUGUAAUAUCGAACAGCCGUUUAAUAACUACUUGCCAGACUGUUUUGAAAAAUAAAUUGAAUUAUGCAUAUACCCAAGAAUUUCCUUACCGUACUAAUCAUAUAUUAGAAUGUGAAUUUUAUUUAUUGGAAAAUUUGGACUGUUGUUUGAUUGUAUUUCAACCUUACCGUCCAUUGCUUCAAUUGGUUCAAGAUAUUGGACAACAUGAAGAUCAAUUAUUGGCAUUAGCAUGGAGAGUAGUGAAUGAUAGUCUUAGAACUGAUUUGUCAUGUUAUAUCCACAUAUCAAAUAGCUAUAGGAUGUUUACAAAUUGCAUGUGUUAUUAUGCAAAAGGAUCUCAAAUCAUGGUUUGCAGAGCUAAAUGUGGACAUAGACAAAAUACAAGAAAUAUCCAGAUAUAUAAUCAACCUAUUUGA